GCGAGCCGGAAGUGGCGAUUGGCGCGGCCGGCGGUGCCGCUCCCGGCGCUCGGCGCUCCGCAGUCCCGCGCCCCUUCGGGCGCCGCCGCCGCGUUCGGCUCGGCCACGGCGGCAGGCGGGGCUCCGGCGAGGCCCAUGAGCUAUGAAAUUUCUGUUGGUUUUUGAUUUUGACCAUACGAUCGUAGAUGAAAAUAGCGACACCUGGAUUGUGAGAUGUGCUCCUGACAAAAAGCUGCCCAAUGGGUUACAGAGCUCCUACCGGCCGGGACAUUGGACAGAAUACAUGGGCAGAGUCUUUGUCUACUUGGGGGACAGUGGCGUCCAAGAAGAUGACAUGAAAAGAACCAUGACAGCAAUUCCCUUCACUGCGGGCAUGGUGGAUCUUCUGGGGUUUAUUGGCAAGAACAAAGAGUUUUUCGACUGCAUCAUUGUUUCAGAUUCUAACACAGUGUUUAUUGACUGGAUUUUAAAAGCUGCUGACUUCCAGGAGGUGUUUGAUGAAGUGUUUACAAACCCCGCAGCAUUCAGCAGUAGCGGCUACCUGACCGUGCAGAACUUUCAUGCCCACCAAUGUCCCAAGUGCCCUAAAAACCUUUGCAAAAGGAAAGUUUUAAAAGAGUUUCUAGAUAAACAGUUGGAGAGAGGAGUGAGUUAUACGCAGAUUGCUUAUAUAGGUGAUGGUGGGAAUGACCUGUGCCCAGUGAUGUUUCUGAAGAAGGGUGAUGUUGCUAUGCCCAGGCAUGGGUAUACCCUAGAGAAGAAGAUUUCUCAGCUCUCUCGAGAUUUCUGUCCCAUAGAGUGUUCUGUUCUGGUUUGGUCAUCUGCUGUUGAAAUUAUGUCUUAUCUGAAGCUGCUUAUAAAAGAACAAUUGAAGUGAUAGAAGGAAACCGGUGUGUCUUAUUUUCUUCCUGGGUGAGAAAUGCCGAAUGCACACAGAAACACAACAUUAUAGAACUGGGAUAUCAGCUGAACCUAUGUUGUUUAAACAGAGUAUAAAAUUGUAUUUUCAGUUUUGUCAGUAGUGGGAAAGUGAUGUUAAAGUGGCUUUCAGGCAUAGUGUGGAUUCCAAUAUUUGUGGAGAGGUGUGCGGGGCGGGGAGGGGGUUGCAUGAGGAAUGGCCAUUUCCUUUUGUCUUCUCCAUCCUGAGCCUCCACCUACUGCCAAAGUGAUGUUCCACGUGCUGUGGGGAAGGAGUAAGAUUAGUGCACAAAGAAUAAUUAUUUAUAAAGAAUGUAUAUGGUUUACAGACCAGGAAUGUGAUUCUGGACCUUCUGGCUUUGAGUACUUUUUUUUAAUCGGGAUAAAUGUUUGAUUUGUAAAUGAUUUGCUAUGUCUCUAAUCCUAUUUGAUCUGAAGAUGCAUUUAUAUUUUUAAUAUACUGAAUAUUUUACCAAACUGAAUUCCUUUUUAAUAGUUUGUAUUAAAGACAAUAAAAGUUACUGUCGCUGAGAAGAGCAA